UGCUGCUCGUGUCGUGCAGCAUGGCUAUGGGCAUGGCUGCAGGGGGUCUCCUCAUGACAGGAGCGUUGUGGUGCCUAAUGAGCCAGCGUGCUCAGGGAUCGGGGCUCAUUGUGCACACACGAGAUGGACGUGUCAGCGGCGCACCUGUCACAUGGCAGGGUCAUUCGUUACGUGCCUUCUAUGCCAUCCCUUUUGCAUUACCUCCCCUGGAAGAACUCCGAUUCCAACCUCCCAUAAACCCAAGGCCGUGGAAACACAUCUUGAGCGCUGCGCAAGGGAUGUCUGCCCCGUGCAUGCAACGACUCGGCGAGUCCCGAUUACCAAUCCACGUGAAAUCCCUUCAGAACGCUUCGGAGGACUGUCUCUACUUGAACGUAUGGACUCCCGCUAAGGAUGAUAAGAAAUGGCCAGUUGUGGUCGUCAUUCACGGUGGAUUUUUCAGUACCGGUUCCACAUCAUCGCCGCUCUACGAUGGGUUAACGCUCGCAGCCAUCGGAAAGGUUGUCGUCGUAUCUAUGAACUAUCGGCUCGGUGUCUUUGGAUUUCUCGAUGCUAGUCACAAGGACGCACCAGGUAACGUCGGCUUGCAAGAUCAGAAACUAGCUUUGAUAUGGGUCAAACGGAACGUGGCAUUUUUCGGUGGUGAUCCCGGUCGCGUAACACUGCUUGGCGUCAGUGGUGGUGCGGUGUCCGUCGGAGCUCACCUAGCAUCACCUGGAAGUCGUGGUUUAUUUCACGCAGCUGUCAUUGACGGCGCGUGCGCUUACAGUCCAGGAUUCGUGGAAAGUAGCUACAGAAGCUUAAUACGUGCCAACAAGCUAGCAACGAUAGUUGGCUGUGCCAGAUUGGGUAUGGACUUGAACUCGCACCCAGGAAAGGUCCUCUUGUGUUUACGAACAAAACCUGCAGCCGAAAUUCUUCUCGCUCAGGAAGAGGUGGCAAAGAAUGACUGGACUUCAUUCUAUGUCACGUAUGGGAAUCCGGUCUUGCCAAAGCGGCCUCAGCAGUCCAAGCAUCUUAAUGUUCCUCUUUUGAUCGGUACAGCCUCUAAUGAAGGGAGUAUUUUUAUUUCUCCACGACCUCAGGACACUGAGCGCGUCAGCAACCGUUCGGAGGCACUCAAGUAUGCAACUACACUCCUGUCGCAGUUUGAUAUUCAGGUGCCUUCAACUGGGGCUCGACUUGAACCCUAUUUAACGGACACACCCAAGGACCCUAGGACAUUGGCUUCAGACAUAUUUGGUGAUGCGGUGCUCCAGUGCCCAUGUCAACAGUUCGCCGCUGACCAUGCAGCCAGCGGAAAUCAAGUAUAUGUCUACCGCUUCUGUUACCCCACCCCGUCGUUGAAUGUGCCUGAAUGGAUGGGAGUGCCUCAUUCGGCUGCCUUCUGGUUCAUCAGCGGGGUACCUCUAAGGAUGUCCGACAGGUUCCAAGACGAGGACAAGCAGCUGAGCCACCAUAUAAUUCGACUCCUCGGAUAUUUCGCUAAACAUAAGAAUCCAGGUACCUUCUUAGAACACGAUUGGCCAGCAUUUACGAGCAAGAAGGAUCCCAUCAUGCACCUGCAUCCUUCUACUCCUGGAAUGCGCCAAGACGAGCGUAGCCGUUACUGCGAGUACUGGACAACUGCCUAAGCAUUAAAACUCCCUCACA